AUGGCAGCCCUGGCGGCCAAAGUAUCCAAGAAGCGGGCAGCAGCUGAAGGUCUCGGCUCCAACCAAAAAGCUGUGAAGUACUUGGGCCAGGACUUCCAGACCCUGAGGCAACAGUGCUUGGACUCAGGGGUCCUGUUUAAGGACCCAGAGUUCCCAGCAUGCCCAUCAGCCUUGGGGUACAGGGACCUUGGACCACUCUCUCUGCAAACUCAAGGCAUUGUCUGGAAACGACCCACGGAAUUGUGUUCCAGCCCUCAGUUUAUCAUUGGUGGAGCUACUCGAACAGACAUUUGUCAAGGUGGUCUAGGUGACUGCUGGCUUCUGGCGGCCAUUGCCUCCCUCACCUUGAAUGAAGAGCUGCUGUACCGAGUUGUUCCUAAGGAUCAGAGCUUCCAGGAGAACUAUGCCGGAAUCUUUCACUUUCAGUUCUGGCAGUACGGCGAGUGGGUUGAGGUGGUCAUUGAUGACAGGCUGCCCACCAAGGAUGGGGAGCUUCUUUUCCUGCACUCUGAAGAAGGCAGUGAGUUCUGGAGCGCUCUUCUGGAGAAAGCCUAUGCCAAACUCAAUGGUUCUUAUGAAGCUCUUGCUGGAGGGUCCACAGUCGAAGGGUUUGAGGAUUUCACGGGCGGCAUCUCUGAGUUUUAUGACCUGAGGAAGCCACCAGCCAACCUGUAUCAGAUCAUCCGGAAGGCCCUCCGCGCUAGGUCUCUACUGGGCUGCUCCAUUGAUGUCUCCAGUGCAGCUGAAACAGAAGCCAUCACUAGCCGGAGGCUGGUUAAGAGUCAUGCAUACUCUGUCACAGGGGUUGAAGAGGUGGAUUUCCGUGGCCAUCCAGAGAAGUUGAUCCGACUCAGGAAUCCGUGGGGCAAAGUGGAGUGGACAGGAGCCUGGAGUGAUGAUGCAUCAGAGUGGAAUUACAUAGACCCCAUGCUGAAGGAAGAGCUGGACAAGAAAGCUGAAGAUGGGGAGUUUUGGAUGUCCUUUUCAGAUUUCUUGAGGCAGUUCUCUCGGCUGGAGAUCUGCAACCUGUCCCCUGACUCGCUGACCAGCGAGGAGGUGCAGAAGUGGAACCUGGCCCUAUUCAAUGGCCGCUGGGCACGUGGCUCCACCGCCGGGGGCUGCCAGAACUACCCAGCCACUUACUGGACCAAUCCUCAGUUCAAAAUCCGUUUGGACGAGGUGGAUGACAGCCAUGAGGAGAGUGCUGCUGAACCCUGCUGCACAGUGCUGCUGGGUCUGAUGCAGAAAAAUCGCAGGCGACAGAAGAGGAUAGGACAGGGCAUGCUCAGCAUCGGCUAUGCAGUCUACCAGGUUCCCAAAGAGCUGGAGAGCCACACUGACCGACACCUGGGCCGGGACUUCUUUCUGUGCCACCCGCCCUCAGCCCGCUGUAGCACCUAUGUCAACCUGCGUGAGGUCUCUGGUCGGGCCUCUCUCCCCCCAGGGGAAUACCUGGUGGUUCCGUCCACUUUUGAGCCCUUCAAGGAUGGCGAGUUCUGCUUGAGGGUGUUUUCGGAGAAGAAGGCCACCGCCCUGGAAAUUGGAGAUGUGGUAGAUGGAAACCCACAUGAGCCACACCCCAGUGAGGUGGAGCAAGAAGACAACCAGUUCAAGAGCCUGUUUGAGAAGCUGUCAGGGCAGGACUCAGAGAUCAGUGCCAGUGAGCUCAAGACUGUUCUGGAUGGGGUGUUUUCCAAACGAGGAGACAUAAAAUUUGAUGGAUUCAGCAUCAACACUUGCAGAGAAAUGAUCAGCCUUUUGGAUAGCAAUGAGACAGGCACCUUGGGACUGGUGGAGUUCAAGACACUCUGGUUGAAGAUUCAGAAAUAUCUGGAGAUUUACCAAGAAACUGAUUAUAACCACUCAGGGACCAUUGAUGCCCAUGAGAUGAGGACAGCUCUCAAGAAGGCAGGUUUCACCCUCAACAACCAGGUGCAGCAGACCAUUGCCAUGCGGUAUGCAAACAGCAAACUCAGCAUUGACUUUGAUGGCUUCGUUGCUUGUAUGAUCCGCCUGGAGAGCCUCUUCAAGAUGUUCAAACUUCUAGACAAGGACAAGAAUGGCAUCAUCCAGCUUUCUCUGGCUGAGUGGCUGUGCUGUGUGUUAGUCUGA